AUGGCGGACAACAAGCCCAUCGAGGAGCUCCUCACCAAGCCGCGCAACGAGCUCACGGAAUACGAAAUCGCGCAGCUCGAAGAGCAUGAAUUCUCCGCCGGCCCCCUCUCCAUCCUCCAGACCGCCGUGCGCUCGCACGUUCAGGUCCUCAUCUCCAUCCGCAACAACCGCAAGCUGCUCGCCCGCGUCAAGGCCUUUGACCGCCACUGCAACAUGGUCCUCGAGAACGUCAAGGAGAUGUGGACAGAGACGCCGCGGCUGGCCGACGGCAAAAAGGGCCGCCCCGUCAACAAGGACCGCUUCAUUAGCAAGAUGUUCUUGAGAGGUGAUAGCGUCAUCCUCGUGCUGCUGAGCUAG